GCUUCGCUCUUCGCUUCCUUGCUUGACAGAGUUCAUCGGACCGGGGCCUUUCGAUUUAAUUUUGCUGUUUAAUAUAACUAUUUUUUCUGUAUUUCUUAAUGUUUAAUAUGUAUAUAGUUUAAAGACCUUACAUAACAUUGCAGUUUAUUUGAAUUUAUACGUGUUUAGACAUCAAUAUGAUGUCGAUAUCGACCGGUAACGUUAACCAAUACAUUCAGUUUGUUGAGAGAGUUUAUAGGACUGGGCAGGGUAAUAUACUAGCAAAGCUAGUGUCUUUGAGAGACGACCAUGUGGCAAAUAGGAACUUGCGGUCCAGCGACAUCGCGGCCCUCGUGGAAGGGAACUGCGUGUCUCCUUUGGAUGAACUUAUCAUUACACACCUAUCAUGUGUGAAGGCUCUAUGUGCAAGGAACUACAUGGAAGCAUAUGAUCACCAAAGUGCAUGUGUGGCAGUGGUGACGAGGAUCUUAUCAAAUCAGAAGGAGGAGAAUUGGUGCCUGCCUCUCAUGUACACUGCAUGUCUUGACCUGCGACUUGUAGCUCAACAGGCUGAGUUGUAUAACCCAAGCAAUGGCAAAAUCUUAGAGAAAGCUGCAGAGAGCCUGCUAGGCUGCUUCAGAGUGUGUGCAGCAGACAACAGGACUACAGAUGCUGACACCAAGAGGCUGGGAAUGUUGAACCUUGUCAACCAACUACUUAAGAUUUACUUUCGCAUAAACAAGUUACAUUUAUGCAAACCACUUAUUCGAGCCAUAGAUUCAUCACCAUUUAAGGACCAGUUUCCAUUAGCUCAGCAGAUUACAUACAGAUAUUUUGUAGGACGUAAAGCCAUGUUUGACUCAGAUUAUGCUUCAGCUGACCAUUAUUUGACAUAUGCAUUUGAGAACUGCCAUCGCAAAAGCAUGAAGAAUAAGAGGUUAAUUCUAACAUACUUGGUACCAGUGAAAAUGCUUCUUGGUUUCAUGCCGGCAAAGAUAUUGUUACAGAAAUAUGACUUGAUGCAGUUCUGGGACCUGGUGUCCGCUGUUAAGAAUGGUGAUCUCAGAGGCAUUGAUAGAGUAAUGGAGGAACAUGAAGGAUUUUUCAUCCGAGCUGGCAUUUACUUAAUUGUAGAGAAGCUGAAGAUUACUGCAUACAGGAAUCUCUUUAAGAAAGUGUAUACGGUACAAGGCACUCAUCAGAUUGACAUUGCAUGCUUCCAAGCAGCAUUGCAGAUUAUGGGACAAGAUGAUGUUGACGAAGAUGAAACACAAUGCAUUGUGGCGAAUUUGAUCUAUGAUGGCAAGAUAAAGGGUUACAUUUCAUAUCAACACAAAAAAGUUGUUGUAAGUAAGAAGGAUGCCUUUCCACCAUUGUCUGGUUUAUAAAGUGUAAGCCAAAGUUUAUUAUAAAGUGUAAGUGAAUUAGGAUGUAAGUUUUUUAAGACUUAAUAAAUUAAGUCAAUUAUGCUUAUUAUUUUUAAGAGACACUAAAAUUUUAAUAAAAAACAAGUUGACAUUAAA